ACCGCCUCUUGACACCUUCUCCGAUGGCGUUUGCAUUUUCCGCCGUCUUUGCGCCUCAGCCUCUUUUCGCCUCGCACCCCAACUUCCCCGACUGUGGAAGAGGGGUCCUUUCUCUUCCUUGUCCCAACCCCCGAAAUCCUGGACUCCAAAGGGUUGAACGGCAGGACCGGAAGUGUGUCCUGCAGCAGAGGGUCCCCAGUGAAUCGACGCCGGAAGUAGCGAUUGCUUGGGAAGGAUUCCGCUCGCUCCGCUAUGGCUGCAAUUCCCCCCGACUCCUGGCAGCCGCCCAACGUCUACUUGGAGACCAGCAUGGGGAUCAUUGUGCUGGAGCUGUACUGGAAGCAUGCUCCAAAGACCUGUAAGAAUUUUGCUGAGUUAGCUCGUCGAGGUUACUACAAUGGCACGAAAUUCCACAGAAUCAUCAAAGACUUCAUGAUCCAGGGAGGCGACCCAACAGGGACAGGUCGAGGUGGUGCAUCCAUCUAUGGCAAGCAGUUUGAAGAUGAGCUUCAUCCAGACUUGAAAUUCACGGGGGCUGGAAUUCUUGCAAUGGCUAAUGCAGGGCCAGACACCAAUGGCAGCCAGUUUUUUGUGACCCUGGCCCCCACCCAGUGGCUUGAUGGCAAACACACCAUUUUUGGCCGGGUGUGCCAAGGCAUAGGAAUGGUGAAUCGAGUGGGAAUGGUAGAAACAAACUCUCAGGACCGCCCUGUGGACGAUGUGAAGAUCGUCAAGGCCUACCCUUCUGGAUAGACUUGCUGUCCUCUUGGCCAGAUCUUUGGGUCCUCUGAGAUGGCCCCGUGAACCAGCUUAAAGAUGAUCUGGAACGACAUGUAACUCUAAACGUCAUUCUGGCCUUACAAAUCACGGAGCUGAGGAAGCCUGGGUCUUGGGUGAGUUAAGAGAUAGAAGUGUAUUUUAACAGAAUGCUUGUUCUCUCUUCUCCCAGUGCCUGCAUUGACAGAGCAUUUGUAGAAAUGCCCAUACAAGGUCAUGCACAAGUUACUGCUAACUGCAAAUGAUCCAUACUGCUCCUUCUUGUGAGUGUCUACUCUGAUCCACUUGGAAAAAAAUGAAGCAAGAUCUGUCUAUCUGUGGUGUCCAACCAAACUCUUCCUGGGGGAGAUUUAUAUUCUGGCCUGCCUCUGUUGCAGUCUUUGGUGGCUGACAGCCACAGAAUUCAAGACCAAGGAGUGUCUGCCAGCCUGCUUAACUCUGUGCACACCCUAUUUCAGUCUCCUACAUUUGUUCUUCCAAGGAAAGUUUGCAUCUCUCUCUGUUUUCCUUCUCAAAACCAGAGCAUCAACACUGCUGUUUCUGACACUUAGACAUCCCACGCAAAGCCACAUUGAAUUUUUGCCAAAUGAAAAAUGCAUCCAACAAUCAAGUUUCUAAGAAGGUGUCAAGUGGGGAAUGAUAAUGCGUAAUAAUCAAGAAAUGAAUUUAUAAAGAGACAGCAGAAGCUAUGACCAUUUUUUCCCCAGGAAGUAGUGGAAAUCUGUAGUAAAAGCACAAGGCGAGACUGAAUUCUCCUUAAAAAGCAGCAUUCUCAUAAAGGAGAAAGGCACCACUUAGAUUUUUUUUUUCAUCUAAGACUUUAGAGAAACCAGAUGAGAUUUUUAUUUUAUUAUUUUUUUAAUCUUCCUGUUGUUUUGUUUUGCUUUGUUUUUGAGGAGGGAUAGGGAUAAGAGGAACAAUACAUUAAUACAUACAUAAUACAUAGAAACUUCCAAAAUAAAAUGCCACUGAUGGUGAAAA